GGGGGUGAGAAGCAAGUCUGCUUCUGCUCCUCUUCCUCUUCCUCCUCUUCUUCUGUGGGAUUAGCUUUAUAUCCACCAGUCAGCACCAGGACAGAGGGUUAGGUGUCCCAUCACCGGCCAUGGGUAACGCAGAGAGCAGCUCGCUGCACAGAUUCCAGGCCAAGUUUAUACCCGAGGAGCAGGCGAUAUUGGACGACGUCUUCGAUGUCAUGACUGGCUCGGGAGCCUCCGAUGAUCAGAAAGGCAGAAAAGCUGCUAAAAAGCAAGUUACCCUGGACUUGUUGAGGGCUUACACUAAGGGAACAUUGCAGGAGUCCAUGAUGGUCCGACUGUACGAUGGGAUGAGGAGCAUGGAUACAGCAGGGAAAUCGCUGAGCUGGACCCAGAACGUCAGCAAGGAGCAGUUUGUCAUGUUUGUUGCCUACGUUCUGCAAGGCACGGCCGAGGAACGAAGCCUCGUGGUUCGAAGCAUGGUCUCCAGCGAUGACUCCGGCCCCGUGAGAGAGAGCCAGCUCAGAGAGUUUGCAGAAGAGCUGAUUGUGAGCACUGUGCAGUUGCUGGAGUCCGAGCAGUUGCUGAGAGGCUGGAACCUGGAGAGAAUGGGAGACGGAGCGAUCGGAGCAAAACAGCUUGCCACUCACCUGGUGUCCCAGCUCAAGCCUCAAGGAGAAGGGCUGCAAGUGGGCGCAUUGGCGAGCGCUGACUAUGGCAGGGCUGAGCUCGAGGACUGGGUGUACAGAGUUCCUCACGUCUCCACCUUCCUACGUCUGGUGGUGACGAUGGGUCUUCGCAUGUCCAAGCCACAGGCCCCGACCGAAUUGUUCAACGUCAAUAAGCAGGUCCUGCCGCUGUGCAAAGUGGAACGAUGGGGGGAGCUCCUCAGCGUGUUGGAACCCCCAUCCAUCAUUUACCUGAACUCCAACCUCCCGGCCGAGCUCCAGGGACGCUGGCAGCUCCUGUUCUCCUCUCGGGCUCACGGCGAGAGCUUCUCGCGCUUGUCCGGCCAGAUCGUUCAGAAGGGGCCGUCGCUGCUCAUCAUAAAGGACUCGGACGAUCACAUCUUCGGGGGUUUCGCUUCUCAAAGCUGGGACGUCAAACCGCAGUUUCAAGGCGAUAGCAAGUGUUUUUUAUUUACUCUUAGCCCACAACUUGGGAUGUACACCUGCACCAGCUACAACAACCACUACAUGUAUCUAAACCACGGACAGCAGACAAUGCCAAACGGACUGGGCAUGGGAGGGCAACACAAUUACUUUGGAUUGUGGAUCGAUAGCGACUAUGGGACUGGACACAGCAAAGCCAAGCCUCGCUGCACGACCUACAAUAGCCCCCAGCUCUCUGGCAAAGAAAACUUUGCAAUCGAUGUGUUGGAGGUCUGGGCUGUGGGAGCCUCACCCAAAAAGAUGAAUACUAAGACCAAGAGCAUACUAGACUCUGAUCUCGAAGCGCAGGCCUUGCUGGAAAUGAUCAACAAAACGAGGAAGAGUGAAGGACUGCGAGAACGGGCUGAUGACGAGGAUGAUGAUUCUUCUUAGACACGUUUUUUGAAAGAGCCUGAUAGACAGCUACAAAAAUAAAACACGAGCCCUUAAUUGUCACCGUUAUUCCUCAAGUGAACAUCCAAUCAAAUAUCUCUGUGAUAUCUGACUGUAGAAGAUCUAAAUUGUCUGGGAAGUGGGAGCAGAACCUUAGGCUCUCUAUUCCUUGCGAUGGCAAACAAAAAGAAAAUCCAUUGCCGGAUUGUAACGCAUGACUCCUUGGGUUGAACAUCUAUGUUCUUGAAUUAAAGAACAAAUCUUUGCUCUUGGCAAAAUUGACUCUUUCAGAAAGAGGGAAAAGGAGGUAAAGUUGGAUGGGGGAGAGGGGGGGAGGUAAGGUGGUAGUGGUGGGGGGAAAACAGAGACAUCUCAUUAUUUGGAGGGUUUUUGUUUGGACACUUACCAUGUCUCUACAUCAUUGUUCAAGAGUUUUAAGAUGGGUCAAAUGAUUAGAAUGGAGAUGAUUUCCACCCCUCCCCACAUGAAACUUGCCACUGGCCUUAGCCAAGUUCACCAUUUAGACAUCGAGAUCCAUAUUGCAUUAGUUCCCGCGCACAAAGGCAACAUUUCAGCCCUUAGUGAUCGCAUUGUCUUCUCUUUUACAAGGAGAAAUGUUUCGGGGUUUUAAAAGCACUUGUUUUUCAACGUUCUUCCUCACGGAAAAGACUAUGCAGACAUUGCGUUCCCGACAGGUACCUAUUUGGAUUGCUUUUCUUUCCACAAAGUCUUAUUGUUUAACACCAAACUUUGUUGGCACACAUUUGAGUAUUAUCUGAUUCAUGGAGAACGCUGUUGCAUUGAACACUGUGACAUUCAAUACACUGCAGUUUAUAAACGCAAGGAUGCAUUGUACUACAUUUCUUUGUUUGUUUGUUCCGAGUUCCUACAACUUGUACUUCUAGGAUUUGAUUGCACUUUUUAAAAAAAUAAAUUGGAAUUUUUUUUG